GCUGAAUCCUGCGCGGCGUUGGCCCCAGUUGCGGGGGGGCUGUGAGGCGCGUGAGAACUGCUGGGGUUCUCGGCCCUGGUGUGGGCGCACCCAGCGUCCGGGGUGCAGCUUCUCUCAGCCUGGCUUCUCCUCCCACUCACUCUCUCCCAUCUCCUCCCUCCUUCAACCCCCGCCCCCGGGACGGCUAGGCUCCCUCCCCGCACCGGCCAGUGAGUACACAAAGCGGCGGGUGAGGGGAAGCUUCGCAGGCGUGCACAGAGCAGUGAGAUCACUGGCGUUAUAAAUAUCCCGGUGCCAGCGCCGAGAUCCGCUCCGGUGGCCUCUCUCUCUCCCCCCACUCCCUCUCUCUUCCCCGAGGCUAUGUCCACCCCGUGCGGCGAGGGGGGCAGCGCCAGAGGCACUCAGCCGCGCGGGGGCUACAGAGCCCAGGAGCAGCCCAACAAGAUGCACUUAGGACCCCCGCGACUGGAAGAAUGAGCUUGUCCUUCCUCUUCCUCCUCUUCCUCAGCCACCUGAUCCUCAGCGCUUGGGCUCACGGGGAGAAGCAUCUUGCCCCCAAAGGGCAAUCCGGACCCGCUGCCACUGAUAGGAACCCGGGAGACUCUGGCAGCCGCCAGAGCACUAGUGGCACGACGUCUUCCAGGUCUUUUCUUGCCUCUUCUUCCUCCCCAGCGGCUUCUCUGGGCAACCAAGGAAGCGGCUUGGAGCAGAGCAGUUUCCAGUGGAGCCCCUCGGGGCGCCGGACUGGCAGUCUCUACUGCAGAGUGGGCAUUGGUUUUCAUCUGCAGAUCUACCCGGAUGGCAAAGUCAAUGGCUCCCACGAAGCCAAUAUGUUAAGUAUUUUGGAAAUAUUUGCUGUGUCUCAGGGGAUUGUAGGAAUACGAGGAGUUUUCAGCAACAAAUUUUUAGCGAUGUCAAAAAAAGGAAAACUCCAUGCAAGUGCCAAAUUUACAGAUGACUGCAAGUUCAGGGAGCGAUUUCAAGAAAACAGCUAUAAUACCUAUGCUUCGGCAACCCACAGAACUGAAAGGACAGGGCGGGAGUGGUAUGUGGCCCUGAAUAAACGAGGCAAAGCUAAACGGGGUUGCAGUCCUCGGGUCAAACCCCAGCACAUCUCCACCCACUUUCUACCAAGAUUCAAGCAGUCUGAGCAGCCCGAACUUUCUUUCACUGUUACUGUUCCUGAAAAGAAAAAGCCACCUACCCCUGUCAAGCCAAAGGUUCCACUCUCUACACCUCGCAAAAGUCCCAAUACAGUGAAAUACAGACUCAAGUUUCGCUUUGGAUAACUCUGAUCUAGGCCUUGCCAGAAAGCAUUCUUUUCCCUCAGGAGAUUCUACAGGUGUCUUCAGAGCUCUGGAGAAAAAUCUUCGGUCACAGCUUUGGCUGGACUCACUCUGUAUGAAAAGUCAGGUCAUUUGUUUCAGUUUGAAGCAAAAACUUUUUUUUUUUUUUUUUUUUUUUUGAUAGGAAUGGAACUGGAAUUCCUUGUACUUGUAGGAGGAGCACAGCACUUCAGUUCAGAAAGCCUUUCGCUUUAUACUUAGGGAUAUUUAGAAUUCCACAUUUUCAGAAAGUCAAAUAGCCUGGACUAUGUAUUUUUCUGACUUUUUCAGCUCAACCUGAAAGAACAUACAUGAUACAUUUUUUAUUUUUGGUUUCCAAAGAAUAUUUUGAUGCAGAUAAAAUAUUUUAUUAACUUUUUAUUUUUGUUUUUUUAAAUUACCUCUGCAUUGUUCAUAUUUUCUUACUUUUGUUAUUUUAACUAAUAUGACAUAAGCAAUCGUUUUAAUACUGUUUAUGAAUUAUAAAUGUGUUUAUAGCUUAUUUGUAACGUGGAUUUCUUUUGCAAUUUUCUAUUCACUGCACUAUUUUUAUUUUAUUUUUAUUUUUUAGCCAUACCUCAGUUAAUGUAAAUUUAGUUUGACGUUUUAAAAUGUUUAAAUUGUCUUCCACAGCAUCAAAGGCUCAGCUUGGAUUUGUGUGUAUGCGUGUGUAAAUUUAUGACAUUAUGUGAAAACCUACCCCUUUAAUGGCUGGUUAGAAAUUAAGGAGGAAACUAACAGUUGUAGGUAAGGAAAAUAAUUAGAGGUAAAAGUACUCUAAGUUUGUAGCAUUUAUUGAGAUCUAAUUCUGUCUUGCCUUUGCUUCUCCUGUUAUCUUACCCCCUGCCCUCAUUCUGGAACAGCUGAAGGAAUACAUUUUAUUCUGUCCAUCAAGCAUACACUAUGAAAUCGGAGUGCUUAAAAAUACUUCUGUGACUCUCUGCAAUGCUUGUUGUAUAGAUCCACAGGGAGUAACCACUUAGAGGAAAACGAUGGAGAACUGAAGGAGAUGAAUCGUUGAACAGUUAUCCAUGUCAAGUCUGGUUGUCAAAAAAUGUUCUUAUUAUUCAGUCAAACAUGCUUUGAGCUUCAUAUCCUAAAAGUAACCAUUCCAGUGAAUAGAUCUGCCA